AGUGGCCCUGCAGCCCCGAUCCCGGCCUGGUUUCACUUCCAUCUCACUGACGACAGUGAGACGCCCACAGACUCCGCUCCUCGGGGGUGGGUGGGAAAUGACGCUGCCACUGGUGGUUGGACGCGUUCUGCGCUCUGACCGAGGGGCCAUCCCGACCCAGCCGCCGCUGAACGAGGCUCUCUGUAAGAUUGGCUCAGAGCCGCAGCUCCCGGGGGCUCGGCCCAGGGGAGGCAGCAGGAUUUGGCGUCGUUCUGGCGAGUUGACUGGCGCCCUCACGUGCGAAAGCCUCGUGUCCCGACGCCCGGGCGCUGCGAGGGGUUGAUGGAGAAUCUGCGCCGGCUCUAGGUGAGCAGCUCCACUGUCACUUUCGAGGUUGUCACUCUGCCCUGCUCUGCUGGCCGCCGAGGGCUCUGCUCUCAGGAAUCCCCUCCCCGGGCAGGUGUCCCUCACCACUUCGUGCGGCUGACCAGAGUGGAUCCAGCUCCGCCAGGCGGCCCUUUGCCAACCCCUUCCCGGCGUCUCCCCGUCUGUGCAGUGCAGAGCCCAGCCCUGGACGCAGCACCCAGUGAUGGUCACACCCAGCUCUCUCCGGCUGGGGGCUUGGCUCUGUAGGGCGGCUGCAGGACAUCUCUGUUACCUGGCGCCCUUGGCACCGUGGCCAGGCCCUGCACCCAGGGUGGGCACCACAGGCUGGUUUCUCGCUGCUGGAACCAACCAGGUGUGAGUACAGAAUCUGCCGGGCGUCUCCCUGCCCUGCGAGAGCCCGGAGCCCUCGGAGACCCAGCAGCCGCCCCAGGGCUUGUUACCAGCCCAGGAUGUGUCGCAUGCUGCCCAUCUGGCUCGUCCUCCUCGGCUGCCUCCCGCUGCAAGGGUCAGAGGUCCGGGUGCAUCAGCCACCGGAGCUGAGGGCCUCCCUGGGGGGCUCCGUGCUCCUGAACUGCACCUUCUCCGCCGCCCCAAAGGCCUCCAAGCUGGCAGUGACCUGGGUGCGGAGCGCACCCGGUGGCAGUGGGGAGGUGCAGAUCUACCCCCCGCACCACCAGGUCACUGAGCUGCGCAGCCGCGUUGCCCUGGACUCGGGGCGCUUUCGGCACCAGCGGGACGCGUCCCUGCACCUGGCCAACCUCACCCAGCACGACGCCGGGCUCUACCGCUGCUUCAUCUGGACCUCGGCCACCAGCAGCCAUGCCGGCAACGGGACUGAACUCAGCGUCCUGGGGGAGAGACCAGGAUCCGGGGUGCAGUGCUGGGCGGCCUGUGGCCCCCUGGGAGUCCUGGCGCCCAUCCUGCUGGUCCUGCAUGCCAUGGUGUGCCGGGAGUGCCAGGGCCUGCGGCACCGUCGGAGGCACAUGAGGUCUGGUGCCCAGGGACAGGCUGGGGACCCGCAAUCACGGCCAACCCUUGGGCUGGCAGGGAAGGACGGAGCCCCCCGACCCCUCUGAUGGCUGGUCGGCCGCAGGGCACCAUCCCCUCCGCUCCGGGGCCCUCUUGUCCCCAGGGUCCCCUCCCUUGUUCCCGUGCAGUCGGCUGGGGGACAGCAGCGGCCGGGGAGGGAACCCCCGGGAGUCCCCUGGCAACCUGCGCCCUGGAAAGGAGAGGAGGUGCCCGAUGUGAGGCGGCUGUGAGAUGAGGGGCCCGGGACGUGCGGAGGCUCUUUGGGAACCCGGGGGCCCAGCAGGUCUCGCUCCCCCAGGAGGGCAUUGAGCAGACAGUGCACAGGCUCCAUGUGGGCGAUGCCAUUCCCGCCACAGCCACACAGCCCCGCCGCAUGGUGCAGGGCCAGCGACAAGCAGCUCUCGCCCCCACAAGCCACAGCCCCAGAGCGCAGCCCGGCCUCCCCGCGUGGUCUGCAGCCUGCAGGGGAGCCUGUCUCUGCCGGGGGAACUGAAACAGCAGCCACAUCUGCUCGCAGGGCCGGGAACAGCUCAGGGCUGAAAUAGCAGCCGAGGGGCACUGCUGAGGUCUGCCACGGCUGCAACCCCAGCGCUACGGGACGGACCAGGGGUCUUUGCAUCCUGUCAGGGCUGGAAUGCCGGUUAGGCACAGGAGGCACGUCCUAGGGGCGCCGGCAAAAGUUGCCAAGUACGUGCUCUGCUAGCCCAGCUGGGCUAUAUUCCGCUGUCCAUUGCUGCGGUUUUUUAGCAGUUGUGCACUGCGGCAUUUUAUUUUGCUGCCCUGUUGCUGCUGGUCACACUGCUGGGGACGUCUCAGGAGGGAGGGAGCCUCCGGGUCUGCCCCGCCCCCUGUGCUGACACCCCACACUCCACUUGUCCCACAUCGCGCUCCUCCCCACAGCAAGCGCAGGGUUCUUGUCCGAGGGAGGCAGAAUUUUGUUUCUGCAGAAAAUAUGCUGCAGUUCUGCCUUUUGCCCACCAGAGGCGCUGCUGUGGUGCCAGACCAGCCUGAGCCGGCUGGUGUGUGUGUGUGUGGGGGGGGUGGGGUGGCGUUUCUCUGACUGUAAUUGUGAGGAAGUGGGGAUUUUCCCUUGUUGUGUUGUAUGCGAGCCUAUGUGAGAGUCUUACUGCUUGGCAUGAAUGCUGUGUGUGCCUCAGUUUCCCUGUGUGCUGCACCAAUGUCCAGGUGGUGGGAAUAAGGGGGGUGACUUGCGGGGGCUGCUCCAGCUGCCUGCAGGGAUGCUGUGGCCCCUUCGUAACCUGAGACCCAGGAGGGGGACGCGACCAGGUGACUCUUGGCCCAGGACAGAGGAGGAGCAACAGGCCAGGCAGGGGCCAGGCAGCUGGAAGCGAGUCAGUCUCGGCUGGCUUGGGGCUUGUGCGGGGGGAGGCAGAGCCCUGGCUCUGGGCUCCCCUCCCCCCAAGAUGGACUUGGCUGAAAGUCACUGAUUUCUGUGCUAACAAGCUCUGUCCUACGCCGUGUUCCUGUCGACUAAUAAACCUUCUGUGUUACUGGCUGGCUGGAAGUCACGUCUGACUGUGGAGUUGGGGUGCAGGGCCCUUUGGCUGCCCCAGAA